AUGUCCUUGAAACCGCCUGCCUUUGAAAAACCCGACGAUGACUUUGACCUUGACAUGACCAUCCGUUUCUCCGCGUCCCUACCUGAUCUCUUAGUCUCUGUGCCCGGCUCCCUUCACGCAAACACAGCGAGCUUAAAACAACUCAUCCGUUCCCGAAUACCCGCGGAGUACUCCAAGCAACGCAUCCGUCUCAUUCACGCGGGGAAAGCCCUAGUCGACGAUGUCCCGCUCAAUGUCUCGCUCAAGCGAAAUGUAAGUAAACCACCCAGUCGGGUGGGAACACCAGGACCAUACGAUGGAUCUAGCGGCGUAGGCGGGAGAGGGCCGCCCCAGAACAGCGGAGACAAUGGAAAAGGCAAACUGCCUAUCCGCGACCCUCCAUCCCAGUCACGGAUCUACAUACACUGCUCGAUAGGGGACAUAGUGCUCUCGGCCGCGGAACUCGCAGCAGAAGCAGCCGCAGCACAAAAUGGAGCGUCGGCAGAAGAGAAAGACAGUGGCCAGCAGCAACCUACCACGACACCUGCCCCGAGAGGAUUCGACCGUUUGUUGAAUUCUGGCUUCACAGCCGCGGAGGUACAACAACUACGUCUCCAAUUCCUCGCGAUCCAAGCACACACGCACACGCCCGACACGAUGCCAUCGCCGAACACGCUGCGUGAUAUGGAAGACAGGUGGUUGGACAAUUCCAGUUCGACGGGUGACGGUGACGGACUCGAGGCAGGGACGGGUAUCGGUGUACGCAGUGGGCCCGAAGAAGCGAUGGCUGGAAUGCUGGAGGAUAUGAUCUGGGGCACAGCAAUGGGCUUCUUCUGGCCCAUAGGUUGUAUGCUGUGGGGAGUGCGUGAGGAAGGGAUUUGGAGUCAACGCCGUAAAAUGGCCGUUGUCAUCGGGUUCAUGUUGAAUGUUGGCUUGGGUAUUAUUAGGUAUACAGGGUGA